GAUUGAUCAAAAUCCAAUCAAACGUUCACAAAUUCAUGAUAAUCAUCCACAUCAUAAUUAUCAUAAAAUUAAAAAACAUCAGACACUUUUCAACAUGACCACAAUGAUUAAUACUGAGAAUGAGGAUAAAAAAUUUCUCGAAACAAUAAAAAAUUUCGGCCUAAUCAAUAAUAAUGAACCAAUACCAAGUCCAAUUCCAUUCAGUAAUGUGUUGGUCAGUAUAAAUUCACGUGAUCAAUUUAGCGGAAAUUCAAUUGAUAGUUCAGAAGUUGAUUUUAAACAAAAUUUUCCUAUAUUAUCAUCAUCAUCAUCAUCAUCAUCAUUGUUUGAAUCAUUUCAAAGUAAUGAAGAUGAUGAAUCAGUAACAAAACAAUGGAAAAAACAUAGUAAUUUAUUUGCUGCUGAUGGCAGUAAUAUAUCCGGUGAGAGCAGCAGUAGUAGUAGUAGUGAAGAGAUUGAAUUUCAACAUUCAUUAGUGGCAAAAGAUCAUUUGUUCGAUAUUAUCAACAAUAAAGAAAUUGAUCUACCAAAUCAGAAUUCAAAAUCUCAUUUCUAUGUUAAUGAUAGUGAUGAAUGGAAUAUUCAUCAUUUUAUAAAAAAUGAAGAUAAUCAUUAUUAUAAUGAUGCAUCAUUGAUGAAAAGUAAUCGUCCACCACGUUAUGUAUUAUCAGGUCAUCAUCCAAAUAUAAAUAUAACAUGGCCAGUGAAAAAAGUUGCCGAAGUUCAUGGCAAUAUAACAUUAGGUGGCCUGAUGAUGGUACAUGAACGUGAAGAUCAAAAAAUUUGUGGACCAAUCAUGCCACAAGGUGGUAUACAAGCAUUAGAAGCUAUGUUACAUACAAUUGAUUAUGUCAAUUCCCAAUCAAAUAUUCUACCUGGUAUUACAUUGGGUGCCUACAUACUUGAUGAUUGCGACAAAGAUACCUAUGGUCUUGAACAAUCCAUCGAUUUUAUUAAAGGUUCCAUCACCAAUCUGGAUGAUAGUUAUAGCUGUUCAGAUGGUUCAACACGUUCACAAAAACAAAAACGUAUUUGGGGAGUAUUGGGAGCUGCAUCAAGUGCAACAUCAAUUCAAGUGGCCAAUUUACUACGAUUGUUUCGUAUACCACAAGUGAGCUUCUUUUCAACUAGCUCAGAACUGAGCAAUAAACAACGUUUUGAAUAUUUUCUACGUACAGUGCCAAAUGAUAAAAGCCAAGCAAUGGUUAUCGUUGAAAUAGUCAAACGUCUCAACUGGUCAUAUGUGUCAAUUAUUUAUGAAGAAUCCAUUUAUGGAAUAAGGGCAUUCAACGAUCUCGAAGAGCUUCUUGAACAAACAGACAUUUGUAUUGCCAUCAAAGAACGUUUGACCAAAGAUUCUGGUAUCGCAGCCAAUAGUUCUUAUGACAACAUUGUUCGUAAAUUGGGGACUAAACCUAAUUCAAAAGGAGUGAUUGUAUUUGGAUCUGAUCAAGAGGUGGCAAUGCUAAUGCAAGCAGUUAAACGUAACAAUGCUACCGGUCAAUUCUAUUGGAUCGGUUCGGAUGGUUGGAGUGCAAGAAAAUUAGUAUACGAUGGUAAUGAACAUCAAGUUGAAGGAACAAUUUCCGUACAACCAAUGGCAAGUCCUGUUCCCGGUUUUUAUGAUUAUUUUUUCUCAUUAACACCACAAAAUAAUCAUCGUAAUCCAUGGUUCAUUGAAUAUUGGGAACAUACAUUUAAAUGUAAAUGGCCAAAUAGUGAUUAUACUCCAUAUAAUUUGGAAUUUGAAAAAAAUUGUACGGGUAAUGAACGAACAAUGUCAGCUGACAAAGAAAGCGAUGAUGAUGUUGAAAUGCAAUUACAAUUUGUUAGUGAUGCUGUACUUUCAUUCGCUUAUGCUAUACAAUCAAUGCAGCGAGAAUUAUGUUCCGGUACACGCGGUGUUUGUCCACGAAUGUUGGCCGCUGAUGGUAGCCAAUUAUUGCAACAUUUACGUGCUGUUCAAUUCAAAGGAAUGACUGGUCAUGAAUUUCAUUUUGCUGAAAAUGGUGAUGGUCCUGGCCGUUAUCGUAUUAUUCAUUUUAAACAAGUUGAUAAGAAUAAAUUCGAUUGGAUACAAGUGGGCGAAUAUGUUGAUGGCAAUCUAAAUAUAAAUUUAAGUAAAGUACAAUUUCGUCUAUCGGAUCCUGAUCCCCCAAUAUCUGUUUGUAGUCAACCAUGCGACAAAGGUCAAGCAAAAUCAUUUCUUGAAGGAGAAAAAUGCUGUUUUCAUUGUAUCAAUUGCACAAAAUAUCAAAUAUUAGUAUCUGAAACACAAUGUAUCGAUUGUCCAUCCGGUUUCUUACCCGAUUCCGAACAAAUCGAAUGUAUUGCCAUACCGGAGGAAUAUAUGCGACCCGAUAGUUCAUGGUCUGUUGGAGCCUUAGUGUUCGCAUGUAUCGGCAUUGUAUUCACAAUAUUUGUCAUUAUAAUUUUUAUCCGUUAUAAUGAUACACCUGUUGUUCGUGCAUCUGGGCGUGAAUUAUGUUAUGUGCUACUUAUCGGAAUUCUUAUUUGUUAUUCUAUGACAUUAUUCUUGGUACAAAAACCAACCAUUUUUAUUUGUGGUGCACAAAAGGCUGGCAUCGGUCUUUGUUUUUCUGUCGUAUAUUCUGCCAUAUUGACCAAAACGAAUCGUAUUUCCCGUAUAUUCAAGGCCGGAAAACGUUCAGCACGUCGCCCUUCAUUUAUUAGUCCUAAAUCACAAUUAUUAAUCUGUGGUGGUUUCAUUAUGAUUCAGUGUUUUAUCAUUGCAAUUUGGUUUGCAUUUUCCCCACCAAAAGUGAUUUAUUAUCAUCCAACACGAGAGGACAAUAAACUCAUCUGUCAAGCAUCCAUCAAUGCUGGCUAUUUUGUUGCAUUCAUGUACCCGAUAUUUUUAAUUGUGGUCUGUACUGUUUACGCUGUGAUAACACGUAAUAUACCAGAAGCAUUCAAUGAAUCAAAAUUCAUUGGUUUCACCAUGUAUACAACAUGUAUUAUAUGGCUUGCAUUUGUGCCAAUAUAUUUUACAUCAUCACAAAGUAAUCAUAUAGCGCUCAAUUUAACAACAUUAUCUGUUUCAAUAUCACUUAGUGCAACGGUUACAUUAUUGUGCCUAUUUUCACCAAAAUUAUAUAUAAUCCUUUUACAUCCGGAAAAGAAUAUUCGUCAAUCGGUUACAAUGCCUCAACAUAAGUAUUCAACAACAAUACAUCAUCAUCAUAAUCAACAGCAACAACAAUCUAAUCAAAAAACUGUAAGCAUGACACCAACAGCACCACCAUCAUCAUCAUCAUCAAAUACAAUAACGGCAGCAAAACCAACAAUACAAUCGGAUCCAUUAUCAACAACAUUUAAUGUUGGCGGUACUGGUGGUGGACAAAAUGCCGUACUUAAAAUGAAAAGAUUCAACAUUCAAAAUGAUAAUAGCAACAAUAUUGUUGAACAACAACAGCCAACAAUUAAUCAAGUUGAUUCAUCCACACAAUCGGAUGAAUAUGAAAUGUCCGAAGUUAUGAUAGUUACUGCUUCUGGUGGUCAACAUUCAAAAACAUCGACAGAUGUUAACCAUUUAACAACAUCAACCAUGACCAAUAAUGGUAAUAUUAUGGCUCAUCAUUCACACGUUUAUUAUCAUUAUAAUUGCUGUAAUAGCAAUCAACAUUAUAAUAGUAAUGAAAAUAGACGUGAUUCAACAAAAAGUUUACCACCACCAAUGACCACAAACAUUAACAUCAGUAAUAAUAAUAAUCAUCAUCAACAUUUUAAUAAUCAUCGAUGUCGUUGUGUGGCUGCGACACUAAUGACGACAACCCAAUCACAACCAAAUCAGCCAAUAACAUCACCAUUGUUACGAUCAUCUGGUUUUGAAAAAAUAGAAAUAAAGGAUCAGAUAGACCAAAAUAAUAAAGUGAGUAAAGGUACACAAACUGUUUUAAGUAUGAUGAAAAAUGAUAUAAAUGGUAGCAUUACUGGCAUUUCCGGUGCUAAUGUCAAUACAAAGGUAAAUGAAAUAACAUCUACUGUAACAGCCACUGCUGUAACGACGGUAUCACCUACCAUCAACCCUACAUAUAUUGGCCACGAAAUUGAACAAUUUUGAUUCAAAAAAAAUAUAUAUUCGUUCCAACGUUGGUGGAAGAUUAUUUUGUGUUUUGUUUUUUCAAAAUGACAACAUUGUUAUAUAUUUAU